AUGGAAAAAACAAUUAAUAAAAACGAAAAAAAUUUAAGAGAUUUGAAAAAACAUGACUCAAAAUUUUUUUUUAUUGUUAAUGAAUCUAUGAAUAAAUCAGAAUUUUUAAAAUAUAAGAAAAAAUUGAAGAUUUGGGAGGAAUCUUCAUCUAAGACUCUUUGGUAAAUAAACUAUGUAUUUUCUCAUUUAUUUGAUUUUUGCAUCCUUUAAUAUUUGUAGUAAAUUUUUUCUUAUAUGCACUUAUAUAUUCAUUUUCAGAUUGCUUCUAAGUAAGAAACUAUCGUUGAUUAAAUUUAGCUAAUUUUUAGUAAUUGAAUUUAAAUGAUAAAUUAGAUGGUUUCUUUUUUUUUGAGAUAGUAGGUCUAUUAAGUUUACCUUUACUAUCUUAUAUAAUAGGCAGAAUAAAAUUCAAGUUUAUUUUCUUAAUUGCAUCACUCGAACCUAUUCUAUUUUUAACCUCAGCUUAUAAGUAAAUCAUUGCAAAGGUUCAGAUAUAUUAGGUUGCAAUAUAUUAUUUAUAUAUUUUUGUCUAUAUUAGCUGUUUAAUUUAAUCUAUGCUUUUAUUUAUCAUGUUACUUUAUCGAGCUAAUUUAGCUGAUACUAGAGAAAAAGUGAAAUAUAAUGGUUUCUUUUUUAUAUAAUUAACCUUCUAUCUAAAUAGACAUACUCUUUAAUGGUUAAUUUUUACAAAUAUUAAAUUUUAAUAUUAAUAUUUUCUUUUACAGCAGGAUUUUGUGAUUUCUCAUUGA